CGUUUUCUCUGUCUUGAAAUGGAAUAUAAUACAGUAAUUGUAAAGUAUUUUUUGAAAGUUUACAAAUUAGAUUUCUAGUUUUCGAUGUACGCAAACGCAACAUCCCAUUUCAACAAUGCGUUGCUUUUAUUUAUGCAAUCAUUUCCGCCGGAAAUAACUGAGCUUUUGUUUUGGAAAGCUAAAGCCACGGUCGCCAUUAUUGUUCCUGGCUUGACGUUCGAGAAAAACACAUGUAAUUUAAUUUUAUCAUAUAUUUUUAAGCAAACGUCACACUUUCAGCUUUUUUUGUAACUCGUUUGUACCCCCGUGAGUUUGCAACGUUGCCCGGCGGCAAGAGAAUGGAGAGGCGGUCCGAGGGUGCUGGCGGUGGAGGGGCUCUCCCGCUGGCCUCCCUCCGACUGAUGGCCUCCCCGCUGCAGUUGACGUACUCCUUCAUGUGGCAGGUGAUCCGCCAGAGGAAUGUCAGGCAGUACACGAAGGUGGAAGAGUUUGUCACCAUGGUGACGCAGACCGUCCCGGAGCUCAUGAGUUUCAAGCAGACGGCCCAGCUCGUCUUGGGUUUGAGGGCGAGGAUCAUUUUGGAUUUGCUUCAGAGGGAGGGGCAACCAGACUCCCGCACUAUUCAAAUACUAAUAAAUAAACUAAAGAUCACUACAAGUACACAUCCGGCGGACGUGGAAGUGGAGAAAUGUCAAACCAACUUCAUGGUGCUGGUCCAGAAUCUGCUGAAGAGCCCCGCCGAGCGGAAACACUUCUUUAAGGAAGUGUUCCCGGUUCAGUAUGGCACCAAGUUUGACACGGCGCUGCAGACUCUGACCGCCGGCCUGGUGUGCAAGUUGGAGCAACUGCUUCCUGUCCCCAACCUCUCCCAGCUCAGUGCCAUGAUCUCAUCAGAGUCCGCUAAUCUAGAAGCAUGUGGAGGCUUCAUCCCAGAAGGCAACGACCUCAAAACUCUCCUCCUGUACCAGCAGUCCAAGGGCCUCCUGUCUGGUAAAGCAACCAUCUCGUCUUCAGUGGGCGACUGUGUGCUCUCGUCGCUCGCCUUCCGACCCAAACCCGUCGAGCCUCCUCCUCCUCCUCCGCCGCCUCCUCCUCCCCCUCCCCCUCCCCCUCCCGCUCCACAGCCCGUAGUCAGCCCUCCGAUCGCAAGCCCGCUCCCCGACCACGACGACUUGGGUGACAUUUCGGACCAGUCGGACGACGUGGCGGUCCUUGUCGCCACCUCUCAGGUCGAUACCGCAGCCAGUAGCGAAGCCGCAAAGGGUCUCCAAAAAACUGCGGUUUCUGAGGCGAAUCUGGGCCCGGAGGCGGAGCAAAGCAAAGGAGGCGACGACGUCGUGGCAGCGGAGAGGUCGGAACCACCACGAACGCCCUUGAAGUCCAUCCCAUUUAAGGUCGUGUCGGCGCCCGUGAAAAGUGCGUCGCCGCAGUUCACAGUGACAAAAGAUGGGCAAAAGGUCCAAACGCAGCGAGUGACCCUGCAUCAGUGGGUGUCGCAGAUAGCCACCAACACCAUCUCCCUCCCGGCCUUGCCGCCGCUCCCCCCUGACAGGCUUAGCGAUGACGACUACUCCAGGCCAAGCAUCCGGAGAAAGAAGCAAAUCCGGCCCCCCGCCGACCGCUUCAACUGCAGCAUGUGCGACAAGAGCUUCCCGUACCAAUCCAAGCUCAUGGACCACGAGCGCAUCCACACGGGCGAGAAGCCCUUCGGGUGCACGUCGUGCAACAAAAGCUUCCGCACGCAGGCCUUCCUCAACAACCACCUGAAGACGCACAGCACAGCGCGGCCGUACGCCUGCGGCCAGUGCGGCAAGUGCUUCGCCAAGUUGCAGAGCCUCACCAAGCACAUGCUGGCCCACAGCGGCCAGAAGCCCUUCUACUGCGACAUCUGCAACAAGGGCUUCACGCAGUCCACCUACUUCAAGAGGCACAUGGAGUGCCACACCAGCCAGAUGACGUUCCCGUGCAAGCACUGCAACAAGAGCUUCCCGACCGCCUUCAAACUGAGCAACCACGAGCGGUGGCACACCCGGGACCGCCCGCACAUGUGCGAGCGCUGCGGCAAGCGCUUCCUGGUGCCCAGCCUGCUGAAGCGGCACAUGGGCUACCACAUCGGCGACCGUCAGUACCUCUGCUCGCAGUGCGGCAAAACCUUCGUUUACCUCUCGGACCUGAAACGACACCAGCAGGACCACAUCCCCAAGGCCAAGAUCCCCUGCCCCGUGUGCCAGAAGAAGUUCUCCAGCAAGUACUGCCUGAGGGUACACCUGCGCAUCCACACCCGGGAGAGACCGUACCGCUGCUCCAUAUGCGAGAAGAGCUUCACGCAGGUGGGAAAUCUGAAGGUCCACAUCCGGCUGCACACCAACGAGCGGCCCUUCAGCUGCGAGGUGUGCGGAAAGACGUACAAGCUGGCGUCGCACCUCAACGUCCACAAACGGACUCAUUCGUGCAAGAAGCCCUGGAUGUGCGAAACGUGCGGGAAGGGCUUCACCGUCCCGGGCCUGCUGAAGACCCACGAGCUGAUGCACCUGCGCGAGUCCAACCCGGACUUGGCUGCCAAGCGCAGGAACAGGGGCAAGCAGAAGAAAAACUCCCUCAAGAAGAAGUUUGACGAGGAGGAAGAGGAGGAAGGAAUUGAUGAAUAUUGACGGGAAUAUAGUGGUGCCUUGAGGUGCUUGUGAGUCCACCGUAUUGAUUUUUUUAUUUUCUUUUUUAUUUCCUUUGCCUUGACUAACGAGCUUGCGAUACAAGUUCCUCAACUCACUUCACAACAAGCGGCAAUGUGGCAGCUACACUUAGUGAAAAAUUCUUCAAAAGAUCUCUAUUGCCACUCCCCGAUGACAAAGAAUCACACAUUACGGAUGUAACGACAGUUUAGCCCUUCUGUCCGCUAUCGUAAUGCUAAAGCUUAAAAAAAAAAAAUUGGAUGUUCUAGUGCACAGGUGUCAAAGUCAAGGCCCGGGGGCCAGAUCCGGCCCGCCGCAUGAUUUUAUGUGGAUCGCGAGAAAAAUGACUUUGACACCCCUGUUCUAGGGCUUUAACCAUUUACACAUUGAACUGAACAAAAAUGUAACAGCACUCAGUUUUUAUCCCCUGCGUAGAACCAUGAAUAUUCUUGCUAUAUACCAGAGAUUAUUUCAAAUUGACGGGGGGGGGGGGUGCAUAAAAAAAAUGAUGAUCACUCAGUUACCCGUUUGGUCCAUAACAUUAGAAAAUAAGAUCAAUAGAUUUUUAUUUUGCAAGUAAAAAUGGACAUUUGUGAACAGUUUAUUUUGAUCAAACACAUUUAAUCAACCUGCUUUCAUGGCGGACCCCAGAAAUUUGAGUAUUUAUGAUUGAAAGGCCGGAAUUCCGAAGAUUUUGACAAAUUUCAAUUUCAAGUUCAGCUUUUAUCAAGGACACUAAUCUGGAGUGCCCUUUUAGUAGAUUCCAGCAGGUUUUGUUGUUUUUGGGGAAAGACUGGUAUGGCAAUUCCAUUCAUUUCUUUGGGGGAAAAAAAUUGAAAUCAAAUGUAUCUCAUGCCACAGCUGUUAAUUUUAAAGGCACUUGAAAAGGCAUCCAAAAGUGAAGACAAGACUCAUCUGUUAUCAAGCUUUUUUUUUUACAUUUUGUUUCCACUAUCAAUUAUGACUUAGUCAGCCAGCUUCUUAACAUUUUAUUUUGCUUUGCUCGGAAGUAGCUUUCCUCUACAGCAAUGUUUUUUGUUGUUGUUGUUUUAGAUGGACAGGCAAUUGCUAUUAAUCUUUUUUUCAUUUGUUAAGAAAAAGAGAUAUCAAAUGUUUUCUUUUCAUCAGUUUUAUUCCAGUGCAUGUGACUGACAUUUGUAGUAUUCUGAUAUUCGCAUAGGGCACAGGUCCGCUUUAGAUCUCAUUUUGUAAUGUAGUUUGCUUUCUUUUAGGCGGGUGGCGCAUUAGUGGAUUACGAGUGUAACUUUCAGCAUCAUCGUAAUAAGAGCUUUCUUUUUUUUGAUGUGCAAACAUGUUAUAUCUGUACACCUCGGAACAAUAAAAGUG